CAGUGAUAUCAUAACACUGCAAUAUGAGGACGCGCUCAUAUGACCGCCACCCGUCUCCAUCCCUGGGCGAGACACAGGUGUAACUGUGGCAAAAGGUAGGCAUGGGGAAUAAAAGGAGGAGGAAGGAUGCCAGCUGAGCCCCUGAUCCCUCUGCAACUGCCCCUGCCACCAGCGUUAGACUAAAGAAAAAGACAGAAAAUGGCUCAGUCCGUGAGGAGGCCGGAGACUCUAGGAGCCAUGGACCACGAGCCCCAGAGGGACAAGACCAGGACCAGCUACUUUGGCAACGUCAAGACCAGGCUGGGUUCCAAGCUUCCUCCUGGCGUCUCUCAGCCUCCACAGUUCGCUAAGCGGCCCUGGGAGACGCAACCUCAGACCCGAGUGAUGCAGGAGCCCACAGCCAGCAGCCAGCGUCUGCAACAAUCCGCCGUGGGCCGGCCUCUCAACCACACCCCCCACAUCAGAAACCCCAAACUGCGGCAGUACUACCUGCAAGGGACUUCAUGGGAUCUGAACAAUACUGCGGUGAAGCAGGAGCAUAUGAGUGGCUCGUCAGAUGACAGCACAAGCAGCAGGGGUCUCCCCGGGGACACGGUGUUCAGCGUCUCCUCUCAGUUCAGCAGUAACGGUACAUCCUCAGCAGAAGAGGGCAAAUUGGGACACCGCCCCUCCAUUUCAACUUUACCCUCCUCGUCUGCUACCCUCAUCCCCAGAGAGCAGCUGGUCGUACCGAAGGGAAAAAACACUCCCACUGGUCGAGAAUCGUCUCAGCCAGAACUGGACUCUGAUCCUAAAUUGAAGCAAGAGGCCGAGGCUGAUCCGGACUCUUCGGAAACUCUCGCUGCUCAACCUCAGCCGCCCUCACCAGAAGCCGAAUAUGACAAACUACUGGAUGUGGAGGCGGUGCCGAUGCCUGAUGGACAGCUCUGCUUACUGGCUCUGCCACCGGAGUGCUGUCAGGGCGAGGGACCAGAGGCCAUGCCGUACCUCAAACUGUUCUGCCGCUACAUCACAGACCGUAAGGGUGUGGUUUCAGGCAUUCUGCUGGUGACAUCUAACAAGAUCUUCUUUGACCCGUGUAAGACGCACGCUCUGGUGAAGGAACACGGCUGUGAGGAAUACCUGCUGUCGUGCUCUGUUGACAAUCUGGCAUCUGUGUCCUUCUUCUCUGACAUCUCACGUGUUCACUUCAACACGUCCCAGCAGAGGAGAAAAGGAAAGAAAAUUUUCCAGAAGUUGAGGGGUGCCAAAAGCCGAGCAGGCAGCUUCCCAAACCCAAAGGGGGAGUUGGUGCCGGCUCUGGUGUCUGUGGCUCCGUCAGAUUUGUCCAGUCUGGCUCUGGGCCUGACCAGAGAGGUUUCUGCGGAGGAGGAGGCAGAGAGCAGAGACAUGGCGGAGGCUGAGGGGGAGCUUGAUAGCAGCCCACUGGAGGUGCCGUCAGAGGCAUCUGUUGGCGGCCUGGGCGUGGCCGUCCUGAGCAGCGCUGCCACCUUCUGCUGUGGAGGUCAAGAGGCGGCGAGUAAAGUGAAGAAGGAGCUGCUGCAGAUGGAUGAAGCAGGGAAGUCGUCUGUGAAGAGUCUGACUGCAGUGCCUCGGAGGUCAUCAGCAGGAAGUCCUGGGAGUCUGAUGUUUGUGCGGCUGCGGGUUCAGCCGUCUGCAGGGAAGAAAAAGGGUGCAGGAGGCCUUCAGCUGGGGUCGGCCAAAACCUUACCCAGAAGGGACGCCUGGCUCGCCCUUUCACAAGAGAGCUCUGAUGAGCUGUACGCCUACCUUACACACUGCCGACCCGACUUGUGCAUACUUGAGGGAGGGGAGGAAGAGGGCGAGGCAGACCGUGACGAAGAGGAGUUUGUACUCAUUGAGGACAAAGAGGAAGAAGAGGAAGAGGAGGAGGAAGAGGAGGAGGAGGUGUUUCAGAGACACCGCAGCACAGGGGACGACUGGGAGAUGGUGUUGAUGGAAGAGAACGUAGACAAGCCGACCCUGGUCAUCGACAGGGAUCCUGAUGGACUCAACAACAUUGUGGAGAGCAGCCACAUUUUACAGGCUCCACAUGUCAGAGAGCUAUGUAAGGAACUCCCCCCGAGGACAGUUGGCCACAGCUGGCAGCUGACUUACAGCACGUCUCGUCACGGCGCCAGCCUCAAGUCCCUGUACAGAAAGCUCAGUGCCACAGACUCGCCUGUGCUUAUCGUCAUCAAGGACGCACUUGAUGAGGUAUUUGGGGCGUUCCUCUCUCACCCUCUGAGGCCCAGUGAGACGUUCUAUGGCACAGGAGAAACUUUCCUCUUCAUGUUGCAUCCUCGCUUCAAGUGCUUCAGGUGGACUGGAGAGAACUCCUUCUUUAUUAAAGGAGACUUGGACUCCUUUGCCAUUGGUGGAGGCAGCGGUCACUUCGGUCUGUGGGUGGACGAGAAUCUGUACCUGGGUCGCAGCAGCCCCUGCUACACUUUUAACAACUGUUGCCUCUCGGAAACCGACGACUUCCGGGUGAUGGAGCUGGAGGUGUGGACAUUCGGCUGAAGAGUCCGCCGAGUUUCUCUUUGACUCUCCUUGUCCCUGCUGAUUGGCUUUAUCAAGACAGCAUUUAUCACUGAGCAUUCAAAGACAAAUACGACCACUCAUCGGUAACAUCCAUGUUUUAAAAAAAAACUACCACAAACUGCUGGAUUUAUCCGUGUGAUUAAGUGCUGAACUGAACUGAACUGAACUCAACAAGGCUGAUCUUGAACAGUUCGAUGUCCUGGAGCGAGGGUUUCAUGGUGGACUGAUUCAUGGUUGAGUCGUUCCUGUGGGUUUGGCGGCCAAACUGUGAACUGAGUCGAGCUGAACUGGAUUCUGAGUCCUCGUUUUUGAAGGAGUUGGUUACAAGUCUCAGAAACUGCACUUUGCUCUUAAUGUGAAUCAGUAACUUCAUGAUAUCUCAUUAUUUAUCAUGUGAACAUGAUGGUACACCUGUCUGUAUAGGUAUGCAUGUCCCUGCCCUCAUAUAACAGUCAAUGCUGGAAGUCUGAAACACACAUUAGUCUCACUAUGAAUAGAUGUCUCUGUUGAAAACCAAACUACGCACACACACAGCCUCAAGUCCCACGAAUACAAGCUCCAGUCAUCAGACACCCAUCACCGCAUCGUCAUCAUCGUCAGUGUCAUCGACAGCGUUAAAUGACUACAGGAACUAAUCAUGUGUGAACACUUUUGAGAAAAGCUUCUCAAAUGAAGAACAUCUGUACUUGCAAUGGAUCUUAGACUCUCAUUCAUGACUAUUCUGAUCUCCUUUCACUUCGAGUGCUGACUCAUACGCCACUGUGGUUUCUGAACGGGACAGAAAAAAGCUUUGAAUUCAUGCAGUUUUGUCUCAAUUCAACUGUAUCUGUAAUAACAUGCUCUCACUCUAAAAGCCAGAUCUACUUUGCUUACGUUGUACGGUAUCGUAGGUUAGUUAAUAAAAUUCAGCACAAUAUUUAAACUCUAAAAA